AUGGUGCCCGUCGUCAGCAGCGGGUCCUCGAUCUCUGCGAUCCACGCCAGUUCCCGAUCCGCGGCUCAGCGCCAGCCCGGGCAGCCACGGCACACUCGCCUGGCGGUGCGCUCCCAGGCCGUGGCCUCACCACCCGCCACCCGUGGCACCAGCUCGGGCAGUGCGAAGUUGGGCUCCAAGGAGACCCAGAAACCCACAGCCAUCAUCACGGGGGCGUCCUCCGGCCUGGGCCUGAAUGCUGCCAAGGCACUCGCUGCCACAGGAGACUGGCACGUGGUCAUGGCGGUGCGGGACUACAGCAAGGCUGCCCGCAUGGCCCGUGAGCUGGGCAUCCCAAGGGACUCCUACUCCAUCCUGCACCUGGACCUGGCCUCCCUCGACUCCGUGCGCGACUUCGUGGAGAGCUUCCGCGCUUCGGGCCGGCGACUGGACGCGCUGGUGGCCAACGCGGCCGUCUACCUGCCCACCGCCAAGGAGCCCACUCCCACCGCGGACGGCUUCGAGCUGUCUGUGGGCACCAACCACCUCGCGCACUUCCUCCUGGUCAACCUGCUGCUGGAGGACCUGAAGGCCGCGCCCAAGAAGUCGCCCCUCCCCGCCCCCCGCCUCGUCAUCGUCGGGUCCAUCACCGGCAACACCAACACCCUGGCAGGGAACGUCCCCCCCAAGGCGGACCUGGGAGACCUCAGCGGGCUGGAGGCCGGGGUCAAGGUGGGCCAGGCCUCGCCCAUGAUCGACGGCGGCGAGUUCGACGGGGCCAAGGCCUACAAGGACUCCAAGCUCUGCAACAUGCUGACGGUGCGGGAGCUGCACCGCCGCUACCACGACUCCACGGGGAUCACCUUCUCGUCCCUGUACCCCGGGUGCAUCGCUUCAUCAGGCUUGUUCCGGUCCCACUACGGCCUGUUCAAGACCCUGUUUCCCCUCUUCCAAAAGUACAUCACCAAGGGGUAUGUGAGCGAGGAGGAGGCCGGCAAGCGAUUGGCACAGGUCAUCAGCGAUCCUGCACUGGGCAAGUCUGGCGUGUACUGGAGCUGGAAUAACGACACUGGGGCAUUUGAGAAUGAGGUGUCGGGCGAAGUGGCCGACGGAGAGAAGGGCCGCCGACUCUGGGAAGUCUCUGAGCGCCUGGUGGGACUGGCCUGA